AUGUGUGGUAGAUAUGCUCUAGGCGUGCGUCUCGCAUUCAUCCGAAACCAAUUGCAGCACCAUGGCCAGCGAGUAGACGAAGCUCCAGAUGACGACCAAGUACGAGAAACCUACAACUUUGCCCCUGGAAACUAUGGCGCUAUCUAUCGCGCUGACACCCUUGACCAUGGCGGCUAUGAUCCCUCAGAGCCUCAUGAUGGCGAAACACAGACCACUCACCACGCAGAACCCAAGGGGGUAGAAGAAUUGCAUGAUAUCGGUAAAGAAGGUACGCAGGAUCAGAUUAAAUAUAAACUCCAGAGCAUGAAAUGGGGUCUCGUUCCAUUCUGGACGAAACGGACGCCGGAUUACGGUUCCUUGAUGAAGACGAUCAACUGCCGCGACGACUCUCUUGCUGAGAAUAAGGGUAUGUGGACAUCUAUGAAGAAACGAAAGCGAUGCGUAGUUGUUUGCCAGGGUUUUUAUGAAUGGUUAAAGAAGGGCAAAGAGAAGAUUCCACACUUCGUUAGACGGAAAGACGGGAACCUUAUGUGCUUCGCUGGACUAUGGGAUUGUGUCCAGUAUGAAGGUUCUGACGAGAAGCUUUAUACCUACACAGUUAUCACUACUUCGUCCAACGCCGCCCUCAAAUUUCUCCAUGAUCGUAUGCCCGUAAUUCUGGAACUAGGAAGUGCUGAAAUGGCAACGUGGCUAGAUCCACACCGAAAUACCUGGACCAAAGAACUGCAGUCUAUGCUCAAACCAUACGAGGGAGAACUCGAAGCCUACCAGGUGAACAAGGACGUGGGUAAGGUUGGAAAUAACUCGCCUAGUUUUAUCAUCCCAAUUGACAGCAAAGAAAACAAGAAGAAUAUUGCCAAUUUCUUUGUCAACACCAAGAAAGGGGGUGCACAAACUCAGCCUAAAGGUGAAAUAGAGAUAAGAAUGGAGGGCAAAGAAGCUGAAAAUGCAACUUCCCGGAAACGCAAAUGUCCUCCAGAUGAGGGAGACGGAGUCAACUCGGAAAAACUACCUAAAAUUGAGGACACUCCCAAGCCUACGACAACAACAACAACAACAACAGCAGUAUCACCAGUGCAAUCUACUAUUAGUCCCAGCCGCAAAACACGCAGUGCAACCAGCAAUCUCACAGGUACCACCAAGAGCAAGGGCGCAGGCACAAAAACCACAGGACAUAGGAGCCAGCGGAUCACCAGCUUCUUCAAGAAGUAA